UUUUAAAUAUUUUCAUUACUAAAUUCAAAAUUUAACGUGGACGAAGAAGAGAAAUGCCACGUUAAAAGGGAUAAGGUAGUAGUUGGGUAAAAUCAAGUAAUGAUUUUGACUGACUUUGAGAUAGGAGUGGUGGUGACAGCUAAGACAUUCAACUUGAUGACGGUCGUGGUCAGGAAGUUUCUUAGCCCAAGUGGCUAGAUAGCAUGUCUAACUCUUGCGUUAAGUCCAAAAUUCUACAAAUCCCUGUGUAGAUAUGUACUAAAAAAAGUUACUUUAGAUUUGACAUGUAAGGGAAUUUCUAUAUACGAUCUAAAUUAUAGUUGUUUACUUGGGUUUAGAAUAUUUUUAUAUUCUGUACAAAAAACUGGAAUUUCUAUCAGUGGCGGAGCCACAUGGAAAAGGAAAGGAGCAUCUGCCCCUAAGUAAAACAUCGACUAUUUUUCAAUAUGUCCCCAUGUUUUGAACAAAUUUAUCUUUAAUUCUAUGAACAAUUUUAGUUAUGCUCCCUAUAAUUUAUUUUUCUAGCUCCACCUCUGAUUUCUAUGUAUAAAUUCUAUGAUAAGAUUUAAAUUACUUGUAAUAUCAUAUUUAUAUAAAGAGUGUGCUUGAAAGCGAACUUGGCAAAGUUGAUUUAUAACUUACAGCUGUCAGAAUUUAUUUUACAAAAAAAAUUUCAUAUUUAUAUAGAUUGCUAAAGCUUUUUUUUUUGCCUAAAGAUAAUUUCAAAGUUUCUAGGUGAGAAGAUAAACAUAAGAUACAACGGACUGAAAAAAAAUAUUAAUACUCUUAUAUAUUCACGUAUGAAUUGGUCACAGUCUUUGAUUGGUUUUCAAGUAAAGACAACUUAAACCCCAAACGUUAUAAACGAUGGAUAAAGGAGAAUCGUUGGACUUCUUGAUGAAACUUAAACACUCAUACUUAACUUUCUACAUGUGUCAAACACAAGCUUUCUUCACUUCCCAUCUGCUCCUCUAUUUUCUCACAAACCAAAACUUGGCGAUCUCUAAACACAAAUUCUUCUCCUUCUAUUCCUCUUUCUCAUCCACAUGUCAGUCACUGUCUAUCAUUUCUACACCUUCACUCAGUUAUAUCAUUUUCUUACAUAAAAACUAAACCCCUACUCACCAUUUGAGUUCCCAAAACAAGUCAUGGGUUGCUCACCAAUCUUGAUCAGUUUGUUUAUUCUGUCAUGUUCUGCCUUAAUCUUGGCGGGUGAUUUCAGAAAAGAUAUUGACAUUGUAUGGGGAAGCGACAAAGCAAAGAUACUCGAAAACGGCCAAGCCAUUACAUUGUCUCUUGACAAAGCUUCAGGCUCUGGUUUUGAAUCCAAGGCUCAGUUCUUGUUUGGUAAGGUCUCUAUGGAGCUCAAGCUUGUCCCGGGAAACUCAGCUGGUACUGUCACAUCUUACUAUCUUGCGUCUAAAGGAACGAUGUGGGAUGAGAUAGACUUCGAAUUUUUGGGGAAUCUAAGUGGUGAUCCUUAUACAGUCCACACAAAUGUCAUCACACAAGGAAAAGGUGAUAGAGAACAACAGUUUCGUCUCUGGUUCGAUCCCACCGUUGAUUUUCACACUUACUCCAUCCUCUGGAACCCUAAGACCAUAGUAUUCUAUGUGGAUGGUACACCGAUAAGAGAAUUCAAGAAAAUGAACACGAAGAACGUAGCUUAUCCUGAGAAACAAGCAAUGAGAGUCCAUUCCAGCUUAUGGAACGGAGAUGACUGGGCCACGAGAGGAGGGCUCGUGAAGACUGACUGGUCCAAAGCGCCUUUCACGGCUUAUUACAGGAACUUUGAGGUUCAAGACUGUGAUUGGUCGGCCCCUGGCUCUAAUGUAUCGUGCGGUGGUGGUGGUCCAAACUCAUGGCUCAAUGAAGGGAUCGAUGAAAAUAGCAGGAAGAGGCUCAAGUGGGUCCAAAGCAACUUCAUCAUCUAUAACUAUUGCAAUGACGCUAAAAGAUUUCGUCUAGGGUUGCCUACCGAAUGUGUUGUUAUGAAUUAAAAGUACAAAAAAUAUAACAAAUAUGAAAAAGUAUCAUUAUAAAGAAGGUUCGCAUAUAAAUGUUAAGCAAUGGGAUUAGUGGGA